AUGCGGUUGAAUUUUGGACACCGAGCCUGCCAAUGCCAGUUGCCUGGCCAAGCUGUGGUCAAGCCACAAGCCUGCGCAGCUCAUGCACCUCCUGAGCUGCCGAAGGUCGCCCAAAUGUCUGAGCGAGUGACCCGAGUGCUUGGCCGGAACCCCAGCCCCUUCGCAUUGACGGGCACCAACUUGUACCUUGUCGGAACAGGAGAAGCACGAAUUCUGGUGGAUGUAGGUGAAGGGAAGCCCGGAGUCUUGCAGGAUCUACUUCAGACCAUGGAGGAGCAGGGGUGCAAGCGUUUGUCACAAGUGGUCAUCACGCACUGGCAUUUUGAUCACAUUGGUGGAGUGCCGGAGCUCCUCCGUCACUUUGGGAACUUGGUUGUGAGGAAGUUCAUGCCCAAAGAAGGCACGGCAGCUGGAGAGUCCACGGACUUCUGGGAUCCCAAGGAGCUCUUGUCACGACUGGAUGUCCAAGAGUUGGUCGAUUUGGAGGAACUUCGCUGCGAGGGGGCGACGCUGAGGGUUUUAUUCACGCCAGGUCAUGCAAAUGACCAUGUGUGCCUUUUCCUCGAGGAAGAGCAGGCGCUGUUUACCGGUGACAAUGUGCUGGGCUGGGGAACCGGCACCUUCCAGGACUUGCAGCCAUACAUGCGAUCGCUCAAGCGCAUGGCAGACCAGGCACCCGAAGUGCUUUAUCCAGCCCACGGGCCUGUGGUUGCUGGUGCCCUUGAGAGCGCGGCAUGGCUGAAGAUGUACAUAACACAUCGGGAGGAGCGCAUCCAGCAAGUGGAGGAGGAGCUUCGGAAAGAGGCUGGACUGGAUCUCAUUGAGCUGGUCAAACGGGUUUACAAGGCGCAGCCGGAUGUUUUGCGUUCUGCCACACUAUUCAGGGGUGCUUGCUUCAACACCCAGCACGUCCUGGACUUUCUGUACAAAGAGGGUUGCCUCCAGAACCAGGGAAAUGGCUUUGUCUGGGAGCCCAAGACAAGGUCUGAGAAUGCUUCACGGUUGUAG